UUUGAAUAUUAGUCAAGCAUUUAUGUGACAGUGCACUAGGAUCAAAGAGUAAUAAAGAUUAUAUUCAACCAAGUCGCCAAUGUAAUCCAUAUAUGUGUGUCUCUCUUUAAUACUUCGUAUAUCCCAAUAUAGUAUUAUGAUCUUAAAGUGUUGCUCAUUCAGGUGCACCGAAGAUACAACCAUUAUUGUGAACAAUUGCAGAUAGUUGUGAACUCAUUUGAUUUGGUGAUGGGAUUCGGAGCAUCGAUGCCAUACACGUCUCUCGCCCAACGAGCAAUGUCUCAGCACUUCCGGUGCUUGAAGGACGCCAUAAGCUCGCAGCUGAAACACAGUUGCGAGCUUUUGGGAGACAAAGACUCGGACGGGAUGUCAUCAUGUUUGACAAAAGGAGAGACUCCAAGGCUUAAGAUGCUUGAACAAACCCUAAGGAAGCAAAGGGAAUUUCAUCAAAUGGGAAUGUUGGAGCAAGAAGCUUGGAGGCCCCAACGAGGCUUACCGGAACGUUCAGUUAACAUCUUGAGGUCUUGGCUCUUUGAGCAUUUUUUACACCCGUACCCCAGUGAUGCAGAUAAACACCUCUUAGCUCGACAGACUGGCCUCUCCCGUAACCAGGUAUCCAACUGGUACAUAAAUGCAAGGGUUAGGUUGUGGAAACCCAUGGUAGAGGAGAUGUAUCAACAGGAAGCCAAAGAAGAUAAUGGUGGAGCUGGAGAAAAGAGUAUACACAGCAACAGUACAAGCAUCAGCAGCAGCCCCAACAGUGGAAAUCAGGUCACUGUCCAUACACCACAAUCGCCCACUACUGUCACUAUCACUGCACAAAUGGGCGCAUGCAAAAGAUCCGAACUGAACUGUGACCAAGAAAACGACCCUUCACUCCUAUCAUCAGUGACCAAUUUCCCCCAAGGCCACGCCGGAUCGCCGUCCGGUGGCGUUUUGGGGCUUGGAGCAACUAGCAGCUCCGGUGAUGUGUCGCUAACACUAGGGUUGCGCCACCACGGAAAUUUGCCGCCGGACAGAAAAACAUGGUCGUAGUAGUGACCACAUCUCUCUCCGGAUCGAUUAUAUACUUCCUACGUCCAACAAAAUCUUUAUGGGACGGAGGGACGAUUUAGUUAUACAACAUUCAUCAGGAAUUAUUAUGAAUAUAAGAUCAAAGAAGUGAGAUAAAGUAACAUGAAAAAAGAUAGAGAGACGACGUUU